CACCUCGUCACCGAGAUCGGCCCUGUCAUCGUCCUCCCUGCCUUCCAAUGCAUUCAAGUUGAGUCCCAUGUUGUUGGUUUACUUCUCAGAUGUAAGCUGGAGCUUCCUCCGGCUGGGUUGCAUUUGCUUAGAGUAAAGUGGUGCGGUUCGCCUCUUAAUAUAUCUUUCAAUAAUCUGGCGAAGCGGAUGAGAUUCAAGUUUGAAAGAGUAUCGAGGUGGAAGUUCGCUCUACCCCAAAUGGAGGGAUAUCCUAAAGUCAGGACUGAUGGGAGAGAAGGAGAUGCGGGGAACGAGCGACUGGGACGGGACAGUAACAAGUAUAUGGUAUGUUAG